AUGAAGCCCGUCAUUGCUUCUACGCUUCUCAUCGGCACCGCCCUUGCCCAAUACACCGGCCAGAUCAAGGUCGUCGACGACAGUUGCCCCAUGUUCGUUGCCGGGGAGAAGGGGAAAACUGUACAGUGGAACGCCCCAGCUGGCACUAUCUGUGCCGAUAUUUCAGACAUCUGCCCCGAGGGCAAGUGCUUUGUAGCCCUUCAGGCCGUCGGCACAGGUGUCAAUACUGGCAUGCCUGACAAGAUGGCAGCCUGCCCUGGAAGCGACUGCUCCGCUGAUUGCACAACCUGGGACCUCAACAAAGGAAGCAGUGACUUCACGCUGGACUGCGCUGAAUUUACGGGCGAGCACUACUUCUAUUUGGGAUACUGA